CUCCCCUGCCGCGCGCCCGCGGAUAGUCCGUGCGCGGGCCUGGCCCGGCCGGUACCCCUUAGCCUCGCAUCGCCGCGUCUCCCCGGGCCCCGGGGGAUGCCCCGGCCAGGGCCCCCUCAUGGCCGCCGACGUCUUCAUGUGCUCCCCUCGCCGGCCCCGCAGCCGGGUCCGCUCGGUUCUGCUCAAGCCGCCGGUGCCGGAGGACGACGACGACUCGGACACGGAUGAGCCGUCCCCGCCGCCCGCCUCCGGGUCGGCGUCCGCGGCCCGACCCCACGCAAGCGCCACGCCGCUGCUGCCCCGGGCCGGCUCGGGGCGCGAGGAGCCUCCGCGCAGCCAGCAGAUCAUCCACAGCGGCCACUUCAUGGUGUCGUCGCCGCACCGCGAGCACCCGCCCAAGAAGGGCUACGAUUUCGACACGGUCAACAAGCAGACGUGCCAGACCUACAGCUUCGGCAAGACCAGCUCCUGCCACCUGUCCAUCGACGCUUCGCUCACCAAGCUCUUCGAGUGCAUGACCCUGGCCUACAGUGGGAAGUUGGUGUCACCCAAGUGGAAGAACUUCAAGGGCCUGAAGCUGCAGUGGAGGGACAAGAUCCGGCUCAACAACGCCAUCUGGCGGGCGUGGUACAUGCAGUACUUGGAGAAGCGCCAGAACCCUGUGUGCCACUUUGUCACCCCGCUAGAUGGCUCUGUGGAAGUAGACGAGCACCGCCGGCCCGAGGCCAUCACCACUGAGGGGAAGUACUGGAAGAGCCGCAUUGAGAUUGUGAUCAGGGAGUACCACAAGUGGAGAACCUACUUCAAGAAAAGGCUCCAGCAGCACAAGGAUGAGGACCUCUCCAGUCUGGCUCAGGACGAUGACAUGCUUUACUGGCACAAACAUGGGGAUGGCUGGAAGACCCCAGUCCCCAUGGAGGAAGACCCACUGCUGGACACAGACAUGCUCAUGUCAGAGUUCAGUGACACCCUGUUCUCCACCCUUUCUUCACAUCAGCCAGUGGCCUGGCCCAACCCUCGAGAAAUAGCACAUCUAGGAAAUGCAGACAUGAUCCAGCCGGGGCUGAUUCCUCUGCAGCCCAACCUGGACUUCAUGGACACCUUCGAGCCUUUCCAGGACCUCUUCUCGGCCAGCCGCUCCAUCUUUGGCUCCAUGCUGCCCGCACCUGUCUCAACACCGGCGCCAGAUCCCAGCAGCUCACCUGCCCAGGAGAGCGUCCUGCCAGCCACCUCGCUGCCCGCCGUGGGCCUCCCCGACGGCCUCGUGGCCCCCUCUGCAGGCCCCUCGCUCCACCCCACAGAGGGCCAGGGCUGCGAGCGUGCCUCCCGGGCCGGGGACCCCUUCCUGCAGCCCUCGGACUUCGGCCCCUCGCAGCCGCCGCUGGGCGUCCCGCAGCCCUUCCUGCCCGUCUUCCCCACGCCCUUGCUCGCCCCCAGCCCACCCUCCUUGCCCUCAGUGCCUCCGCCUGCCCCUGCCCUGACGCCCCCAGCGCCCCCGGCCUUCCCUCACCCACAGAGGUUUCCGGGGCCCAGCAAGCCUCCGCCUGUCAUCACGCACGCGGCCUCCCCCACCCUCACCCGCGCCACCACCGCCACCACCUUCAGCCAGAGCCAGGGCCUUGCGCUCACAGCCCACCCCUCCACCUGCGCCCUCGCCCUGUCCCCUGCGCCCCAGCCACCGGCUGUCGGGCCUCCCCAGGCUCGUUUAACUUUCGUACACCCCAAGCCUGUGUCCUCGGCUGGAGGGAGGCCCAAACAGCCCCUCAAAAUAGUGCCUGCCCCCAAGCCCGAGCCCAUGUCCUUGCUGCUGAAGAGUGCACGCCUGGCCCCAGCCACCUUCCCAGGCCAGCCACCAGCAGUGAUCAUGACAUCCAGCCCUCUCAAGAGAGAAGGGAUGCUGGCCUCCACGGUGUCCCAGCCUGGCAUGGUCCUCGCACCUGCUGCCAUCCCCAGGGCUCCUGCAGUCGCCGAAUUCCACAGUGGCAUCCUGGUGACAGACCUCAGCCGCAGCACGAGUGGCCAGCCAGCCCCCGUGUCCCGGCUCUUCUCUCCAGGCACGGUGCAAGAUUCACUGGUGAAGGUGGAGCAGGCCCCACUUCGAGGGGGCAGCCCCCAGGUCCCUGCUGCAGGGCCCAGCCGCGAUGCCCCGGGCUCAGGCCAGGCCUCUCCAUGUGGAUCAGAGCAAAGCCCCAGCCCUCAGUCUCCCCAGAACAACUGCUCAGGGAAAUCUGCAAACCCCAAAAGCGUGGCUGCACUUAAGGGCCAGUCUGGCUGCAUCUGCUUGGCAUCAGGCUGGGUGGUGAGGAGAGAGGCUCAGGGCCCAAGGCCUGGCCUUCGUCUCAGUGACCGAUCAGUUCCCCAACAGAACCAGCAGCUGAAGCACAUCUCGGCCGAGCAGAAGCGGCGCUUCAACAUCAAGAUGGGCUUUAACACCCUCAACAGUCUGAUCUCCAAUAACUCCAAGCCGAGCAGCCACGCCAUCACACUGCAGAAGACCGUGGAAUACAUCACCAAGCUGCAGCAGGAGCGGAGCCAGAUGCAGGAGGAGGCCCGGCGGCUGCGAGAGGAGAUCGAGGAGCUCAAUGCCACCAUCCUCUCCUGCCAGCAGCUGCUCCCCGCCACAGGGGUCUCUGUCGCCCCACGCCAGGUCGACCACAUGAGAGACAUGUUUGAUGAAUACGUGAAAAGCCGGACCCUGCAGAAUUGGAAGUUCUGGAUUUUCAGCAUCAUCAUCAAGCCGCUGUUUCAGUCCUUCAAGCGCAUGGUAUCCACCAGCAGCCUGGAGGAGCUGCACCGCACGGCGCUGUCCUGGCUGGACCAGCACUGCUCCCUGCCCGUCCUCAGGCCGAUGGUGCUGAGCACCCUCCGGCAGCUGAGCACCACCACCUCCAUCCUGACGGACCCGUCCCAGCUGCCAGAGCAGGCGUCUGAGGCUGUCACCAGGAUUGGCCCUCGACUGGGGGAGUCCUAGCCGUGUGGCUGGCACAUGGCCUCGAGAGGCCCAAGAGUGCUCCCUGCCCUCCUGACGCCCAGCCUCAGGUCUCCUCAGCUUCCGGGCCACGAGCCGACAGGAUCCGCACUCAGGUCUGAAGCAGGCCGGGGCCUGCCUGCAGCAAUAACCCACCUCGGGGACUUUGCUGUGGCCUCAUGCAGCGACCUCAGCCACCACCCUCCCAUCCUGGAGGGAAGUGCGGCCCUGCUCUCCUGUCCUGCUGCUGGCUUGUCCGGCCAGGCCAGGGAGGGAGCAGAUGGGACAGAGAAACAGCCUGCCCCUGCAAGCGGGACAUCCGGGUCCCUCUCAGCCCCGUUGUGAGACUUACAGACUUGUCCGUGUCACACCCUCGUCUCCCUGUGCCCUCCUGGCAGCCUGCACACGCGCUGGCUCUGGCUGCCGAAGCCCAGGUGGAGGCAUCUGUCAUCCUCCCACCCACAGCAGCUCGACCCUGGGGACCUGACUCCCGGCCUGGCCCCACCCGAGCCGUGGGGGAAGUGCCUUCCUGUCACAGGGCCAGCACGCGUGCCCUGGGGUGGGCAGGUGAGCACUCCACGCUGCCGCCAGCCCGGGCUCCUUCCCAGCUGGGCUCACCGCUGUGCUGAGCCCACCUGGCGCUGCCGUGGUCUCCUCGUGUCCCCUCCCAGCCCAGGCCCUGCCCCGUCAGCCUUCGCCACCGCCACACUGCAGCCCUGGGAAGGACAGCACACCGGGACAGGCUCACCUCGCUCCUGCCUCCGGAGGUUCACACUGAUGUCACACUCCAUGUGUCCAUCUCGUCUGUUUCAUUCAGCCGGGAGCCCCAGACCGGGCCAGUUCUCAGAUCAAAGAAGGCACCAUGCUGACAGGCAGGACCCAGGGAGUUCCCAGGUUGGACAGUGAAGCCUGCGCUCAGAUGGAUCAGUGACCCAAGGCAGGGUGGCCCAUGUGUCCGUCCUGCAGGGGACAGAAGCAGCAGGAGGGACCCACGUGCUCUGGCCACUUCCACCAGUAGCAGCAGGUGGCAGGUGCACACUCGGCAUUCAGGGAGCCCAGCCCGGGCACCUCCUCCAUCCUGCUGUGACGUUCCCAGCAGCCAGCCGCUCCUUCCGUUUAUGUCCUCUCUGCCUCUCUGCACCUCUUCCUGGUGUCCAGUGUCCCAAGAGAGUCAUGUGAAGAGGGGGCCCGGCUGCCCCGACACUCCGAUCUACUCAGAGGCCCCACUGGUUCCUGGAGGCCGCAGCAGUGAGGCCUGGAUGGGCUUCCGGCUCCACUGUACCCCACUGAUGGAGGACAGGAAGGGCUGGGCGGGUCUCCAGGCCACUGGCAGAGCCACCAAGAGUCCACCAUGGCCCUGGUCUGCGCUUCUGCCAGACACGGGAGCAGCUUAGUGGCACCCCUCAGCCACCCCUGAAAAUGUGUUUACAGGCUGAGGGGUGAGCGUGAGGGUGUGGGCCUUGGGAGUCCCAUUGGGAAGUGGUGGUAGAGUUCACCCCUCACCCCAAAGACAGACGUGAAGUCUCCUUCAGAAGGUCAAGGCCACUGUGGUCAGAAGCCCAGUAGCGUCAGAAGGAAAAGAAGAAAAACCAAAUGUUGCUGAGGCCCCGGUGGAGGGCCUGAGCCCAGGCUUCCCCUGCCUGUGCCUGUGCCUUGUGACACGCUGACGGUGCCGUAGCCGCCAGCCAGGGCUCUCCUGCUCAAUAGCUUUCUCCCUGGCUCAUGGGAGUGACUUCUUUCUAAACUCCAUGGGAUAUAAAAUCGGCCUGUUGAUUCUUUGGCCUACCUCUCCCUUUUGCUGAGUUAAUGUUCGUGGUUCUGUGUUCCUCAGAUAUGUAUGCCUGUUAGGGUGUGUGAGACUGGCCCCAUGUGCGUGUGUGUGUGAACGCGUGUGUCUCCUGGCAGGCUGACCUAGGCAUGAGUUUGUGUGUUCGAGAUAGAGGUCGAUUCAUUUCUCUUGGUGCUCGCGAUUGCUGUGGUGGUGGGAGCCGUGCUGUCUCCCCACUCACCUUCGUUUCCUGCCUGGCUUGACCUCUGUCCUGGGCCAGCGUUGGGGGACAGCUGUCCCUGUGCCAUUGACCUCCUGUGGGCGCUGACCCACAGCGUGCUCCGGGGUCCGUUUACACUCGUUUGCCCGCUCCCAUGCCUGAAAUGGGCGCCGCCUCUCAGGUGGCAAGAACAGGGCCUGAGAAGAGCAGAGCCGCCCGCAGAGCUCUCGGAGAGCAGAUCAGAGUUUCUGUGAAAUCUGGGGGCCACCAGUGCCGGAGCUCUUUCACGAUGAGUGGGCGGCGGGGUGGGGCGGGCUGCGGCCCAGGGCCUUCCUGAGGGGUGGCAGCAGCCCGGGGUCCCCUGAGGAGGCCACCGCAGCCCUGUGGUUUUUCAAGCAGCGCAGCCUCAGGUGUCAGUGCUGACGGCACCCUGGGUGCUGGGCUGGGGACAGUGGGGCCCUCACCCUGCCUGCAUCCCCUGCACCCCCUAGGCUCUGUGCUGACAGCUUUGUGCUUCGGUCAGGAGAGGCGUCCGCCUGGUCUCAGGACGCAGCACUGGACCUGCCUUGGCCGCAGACUCCGCAGGCUCAGCCCCCUUCGCUGCUCUGAUGUGGGCAGACUUGGGUGUCCUCUCCCCACUACGUCCCCUUCUUUCGGGGUAUCUGUGCCUCAGCCAAGGCCUCCCCUCCUUCCCAGUGCCUUUCCCGGGACAGUGGUGCCCCGGAGCCCUGGCAGAGCUCACGCUGCAUAAAGCAUUUGCUGGUGGCCUUGCCGGGGCGCACUGGUGUGGGCAGCGGCUCGGACGCUGUGCCCUGAGGGUUGCGGCUUUGGCUUUGACCCCCUGCUGCCUUGCAGAAUUUCACAGGAUGCUCAGCACAUGCUGGCGAGUGUGAGGGGAGCAGGGACAUCAAGGCCGCCGUGGGCAGCUUGGACACGCAGCGGUGGCUCUGACGCUGGCCCUCGUAGUAGGCACUAUGGUCACGGCCUCCGCAGGUGCACAGCAGAUGGCAGAUGCCAGGGACGCAGGAGAGGCCUCAGGACACAGGAGAGGCCUCGGGACACAGGAGAGGCCUCAGGACACAGCCCCGUCUCCCUGUUCCCUCCAGGGCCGGGUGUGCCGCACCUCCAUGCUUGUCUGUCUCAGGAAACCGGCAUUGGAGAAAGAAAAGGGAACUUUUCACAUUGAAUGUUGACUCACUCGUAUGUAUGCACAGGCCCAAGCCUGUGUGUGUUCAUGGAGUUUUAUUUUUAUAAAGUUCUUUGCCACUUACUCAGCAGAAUCCACCACCAUCUCUCUGUCAGCCUGGGUCCGCCGGCCAGGGAAAGCGGACUUGGCUGGUUCAUGCCGCCACAGCCGCCAGGCGUGUUCCCCUCGGGGGCAGCUUUGUGGACAUGGCUGGUUUUCCUGUUGUGAGCCUUGGUGGCUGGGGCUCCUUUGGUGACACCUAGGGGGUCUUCAGUGACCCGAGGCCCCCCGGCAUGCAUCACCCAGCGUGGCUCCCUCACACUGCUGUCGGGAAGCGGGUUGGCACCAGCUGCACUCAACACUACAAUGCAUUUUCCAAACUAUGUUUGCAUCCAAGACAAUAAAAAUCUUAUUUUUUGGAAAA